AUGAGCGCAACCUCCGAGUUGGAGCACGUCCGUGGAGUAUGGGAGCGCGUCAAGGACGACAGUGCAAUUUACCGUCUUGUCCUCGCCAAUGUUGAGAUUAUAAGCGCUACCCGUGGACAAUUCCAAGCCCGACUCAAGCUCACGGCUGAUCAUGUCAAUUCCCGGGGCACAAUUCACGGAGCUGUUUCCGCUGCAAUCAUCGAUUGGGCAGGCGGCAUGUCCAUCGCAACCCAUGGGUUUGAAAAGACCGGCGCUAGCGUUGAUAUUCACGUCACAUAUCUUUCAACUGCUACCGUUGGCGAAACCUUGGAUAUCUCUGCUGUUGCGGAUCGAGUCGGCAAGACCAUGGCUUUUACUACCAUCAAGAUUUCCAAAGUUAUCGAUGGUGAAGUAGGCCCUUUGGUGUCGAAGGGCUCUCAUACCAAAUUCUUGCCUGUUUCAAAAGAGCACCAGAAACCGCGAGCCGAAGGUGUCUAG